AUGGCUUCACAAGGUGGCGACCGUAGUGAUGCUGUCGGCUCAGAGCCUCCAUACAUCCGCUUGUCUCAGGGCUACAACAUACGUCUGGUGGAACUUCUGCCCGGCAAGCCCAAUGCUGCAUUGGAAACAAGGCUGCGGGUCCACGAUUUGGAGCAAGCUCCGUCCUACGAUGCACUAUCGUAUGUAUGGGGCACUCAGAAGGACAAGAAGGCCAUCGUAUGCAGCGGGAAAACGCUACAGAUCACCAGGAAUCUCGAAGCUGCUUUGCGACGAAUGCGGCACUUGGACCGAUCAAAGCUUUUGUGGACGGACGCAAUCUGUAUGUGCCAGGAUGAUGUAGUUGAGAAGACACAUCAUGUCGGCUUCAUGGACAAGGUGUAUCGUCGCGCGGACCGUGUGCUGGUCCACAUGCCAGCGAGCAGCGAUGCCAGACCACGCGAUGUUGCGUCGCUAGUCAACGAGCACGAUGUUCGCCUUGCUAGUCGACGACUUCAAGACAUGCCCGCAAUCGCCGACGACGAAGGGCUACUUGAUGACGAACGAUGGUCAAGUCUCGCCGGCUUACUGCUGAGACGCUACGGAAUCUCCUACACAUCCACCCACACCGAUUGGGAAGACUGGACGCCAGAUUGGAAGGCUAAUUCAGAUUAUGACUAUUCCGCUAUCGAUCUGUUGAGCCAUGCGAAAGGCCUUGGCUGUACUGAUGCGAGGGACCGUAUCUACGCGUUUUUGGGUCAUCCGCUGUUGCGAAGUGCCGAUGACAAUGCCCCUAUCAUCUUGCCAAACUACGCGAAAGACUACACCGAGCACAGACUGUACACAGACUUCACCGUAAGCUUACUGUCCUCUGCCACUGGGAUCAAGGCUCUGUCGGCUGUCGAGCACGACGAAAAGACGAUUUUGGAUGAUGACAGUCCGUCCAGGGCGAUCCACUGGACUAUGGAUAUCAUCUGGAACUCUAUGGGUUACUACAGCCUAUUCUCCUAUCGCGUCUCCGGAAUAGCCGAAUUGCUCGGCCGACUUCACGUCGACACGCCAUCGGGCACUUUGCUGCUCGAAGGAGUCUUCGUAUAUACUGUCGACCGCGUGUAUCAAUUCUCUGAGGAGGAGGAGAAGUGGCCGAUUGCCGGAGCAGCGAAUGCUUUGGCAUCGAAUCAUGACCUCAGCUCAUUGUUAAGUCGGAUUGCCGGAGCAGUUCUGGCAGCUCGGGUUGAACAGCUCGUGUAUGACAGAGACGCCUGCUGGGAUGCGAUGAACAUGAGUCUCUGCACUGGUUUGACCAAUUACGAAUGUGCAGAGGACGACCUGCAACAGCACCGAGCUAACGUUGCCGCGUUCUGGCACCUUCUUCUGGAGGUUGACAGAGCGCAUGAUUUUGAAUUGGCAUCGCUGCAAGACAUGAAUGCACCAGCUCAUCCUGAAGGAAGUGCUGAUCGCUUCUACGACGACAUCUUAUUGGCAUGCAAAGGCCGCAGCUUCUUCAUCACCAAGCAAGGCGACCUAGGACUUGGACCGUGGAUAGCAAAGCCUGGAGAUCAAUGUUUUGUACUUCGGAGCGCCAGAGUGCCGUUCGUGUUGCGCACAGUCCGUGAAGGAUGUUGGAAACUAGUAGGCGAGUGCUAUGUCCACGGCAUCAUGAAUGGUGGCUUUGUCGAUGGGUCAGACGUUCAGUGGCAGAAUCUGAGCAUCAAUUGA